AUGAAAAUACUACAAAUCAACGUAGACAGAGGGAAGGCGGCGACAGCACUAUUAGACAAAUACAAAACCGACCACGACAUAGACAUCGUCAUGCUGCAAGAACCAUACACAACGUACAGACCGACCAACAAAAUGAAAAAACUCAACAACGGACGGAACUCAAAGACCGAAAUAUGGAUAAAGGACAACAUAGACUACACGAUAAUAACGGAACUUACGAACGACAACACAACGACAAUACGAAUAAACAACAAAGCGGGCAUCACGUACCUAACAUCCAUAUACGACGAACCAGGGGGGAACAAAAACAAGAGACUAGAGGAAUACGACAGAAAACAGCGCGAACACACAACACAAAUUAGACAACACCUACUGUGCGGAGACAUCAAUGCACACAGCGACAUAUGGGGCGGCAACGUUAAUGACAAACGCGGAGAGGACCUGAUCAACUGGACUAUAGACAACGGCUACAUAUUGGAAAACAAAAAACACGAACAACCUACAUUCCAAGGACCGAUGGGAAGCAGCUACGUAGACAUGACAUUAACAAAAAACCUACGCACUACAAACUGGACGGUUAACGCAGACGAGACGCUCUCGGCCCACAAAUACAUAACAUACGAAAUAGACAUUGAACACACGACAACUAAACGCAAAAGGACCACUUAUGACUUUAUCAAUACAAACUGGACACGCUACGAGGACCAAAUAAAACUACAAACCGACCAACUAGACUGGGACCGGAGUGUCGACGACAUAGCGGACAGCUUUGACAAGAUCUGCAGUCAAGCAUGUCGCCGACACAUUAGGACAAAGACGUUACGAGAAGGGGACGAGACAGGAUGGUGGAACGAGACACUGGACAGACAGAGGAAACAGCUCAACAGGGAACGAAGGGAACUACAAGCAACAACAGACGACGACGAAAGAGACGCAAGGAAACGACAAUACAGUGAACACCGACGGGAAUACAAGAAGCUCAUCAACGAAAGGAGACAGCGGACUUACGACCAAGACAUCACGGACACACUGAAGAACGCCACAUGGCACAAAGCCUGGAACAUCCUGGCGGGGAAAAACAUACAGACAUAA